AUGGUGGAAAUCAUAUUUGAAGAUUUGCUUAUAUUUGAUGUGUUUCUUAUAGAUCGACAAAAAUUUCGAACAUUUGUUGAUUCGGUUUCUGCUCAAUAUCAUACAAACGUGCCAUACCAUAAUUUUCGGCAUGCCUGUGAUGUCUUACAUUGCACAUAUCUUUUAUUGACGACUGUAGAAGCUGGAAAGUCACUGAAUAAUUUAGAGAAGUUAGCUCUGGCGUUGGCUGCAUUAUGCCAUGAUGUAGAUCAUCCAGGUCUAACAAAUGCUUUUCUUAUCAACUGUAAUGAUCCUCUUGCCAUACGCUACAAUGAUAUCUCAGUUCUAGAAAACCAUCAUGCUUCCACCACUGUCAAAACUUUACUGGCUCAUGAGUCCGUUAAUAUAUUAUCAAAUCUUUCUGAUUCGGUGCAAAGGCAAGUCAGGAAGCUCAUGGUGAAUGUUAUCAUUUCAACAGACAUGAGUUUACAUGCAGAUGUUCUUAAGAGUGUGAAAGAAAGAAUGAAUGAGUCUCGACAUUUCCAGUUCUCCCCACCCUAUACUCCAGAAAAGGAUGGUUCUAGAUUUGACUCAUCGUCAACCUUAGACUCAUCCAGCACAAGUGAUGCGCUGCUCCUAAUGAGAAUGUUGAUCAAAUGUGCAGAUAUUAGCAAUAUCAUGAAGUCUUUUUCCCUAUCAAAACGAUGGGCAGAAUUGUUAUUGAUUGAAUGGUUUAGACAGGGAGACUUGGAGAAAAAGUUGGGCUUGCUAGUUUCAAAGAACAUGGACAGAGAGGAUCCAUCUACACUACAAAAUAUCACAGUAGGUUUUAUUAAUUAUGUUGGAAAGGAACUCUAUGAAACAACAUCAUUGCUGCUUCCGAAAAUGCAAGAUGAAGUUCUGCCAAAUUUAAGGGCUAAUCUGCAUCAUUGGACAUGUUAUAAUGCAAAGGGAUAUUUUGAGGAAGAGGAAGUAGAAAAUAUAACGAGCACUUCCAGUCCAAGAUUGGGUUCCAAGAUCUUGAGACAGUCAACUCUGGGAAGUGAAUCAUCUAUGAGCAUUGAGGGGUCUGUAAGUUCUUCCCACCUUUCCACGAGAUCUGACCACCCUAUUAGCCAUCUGUUAGAAGCUCCAAUCAAGCAAAGGAAGUCUUCUACAAUAAAAGUCAAACCCGAAACAGGCUUGAAUGAUAGAGAUAUGGAAAUUGAUGUAGGGGGACCGCCAACAUCAGGGUGUAUGAAUCGGCAUUCAAUUUUACAGUCUCUUAGUGAAUGGAAACAUUCAGAUAUGGCAGCUUGUCCCAAAUUUUGGAUGAUAGCGAGGACUAAUCCUUAUGCAGUUAAUAUUAAUCAUUUUUUGGAGAGCGGAUUCUGGCAAUGUAUCAUAGUCCCAAUGUCAUUGUUUGCUAUGUUUGCUGAUGACAUUCAGAAUAUACUACUUCCCAAGUCAGUGGAUUCAUACAUAAUAUAUAUUUAUCUUCUGUGCUUAGCUCUCUUCCUAUUAGAGUUUAUGCUAUUAUCAGUUGUCAGAGAUGGAUAUUUUUGCAGCUUGUCAUUUUGGUUGGAUCUCAUUGGAAGCCUGUCUUUGGUACCUCUAAGCUUGGGGAAGUCAAAUUUGAAUCUGAUAAUGGCAAGGUCCAUUAAAGCAGCUAAAACAUUUACACAUGCAGCAAAAUGGAUACAAAAUGGAAGCUAUAUGAAAUCAUCUCAAUUCAGUAGUUUCUUCAAGUUGGUACGAUGUAAAGGUUCAAUUUCACCUUCUGAAGAAGGGGAAAAAAUGGAUUGUGUCAACAGUUAUUGCUUCCGAGGAAAGCCUAGUGAAAUAUGGACCAGGCUGUCUGAAUUGACAUCAGAAAAGCUUGCUUUUGGCAUGCUGAUGAUAGUCUUAAUGUAUAUAAGGUUUCUACCUGGUAGACAUGACUUGGGGCCAGAAGCAUCACUAAGGAUUUUGGAUCACCAACCACUUCACUCCAUGUUGUUCAAUAUUUCAUUGAACCACCUUCUUAAAUUCUACAAGGACCAUAAUUAUGAACUGUUAUAUUUGGGUUUGAAAAAUGGAUGCCUUCCUCUAGAACCUUCUUUAUUGAAAAAUCGUUUAUCAGCUAAACUAGACUCAUGCAAUGGCAUUGAUCUUGUAGAAGAAUACAACCAAAUUAUUCCUCAGCAUGGAACCAAUGCAAAAGUUGAUGCAGAGAAGAAAUACCGUGAUACAGAGCUUCUUAGAGUCACUAGUGAUAGUAGACGCACUGAAGCAUAUUUUUCUGUCAAGCACUAUAAUCAACUUAGACAUUCAAAAAAUCUUGGAUUAACAGUGGUUAUCUUGUUUACUCUCUCAGCCUGGUCAUUCCUUCUAAGUUGGGACUCAAACAAACUAUUGAUUCAGCCAAUUGAGCGCAUGGUAAGUUUUGUGAAGGAGCUUGCUGAUGAUCCUGUGUCAUUUGCUGGAAAAGUUGUUCCAGAACAUCCAGGAGAUGGAAAGGUCAUGGAGACACGAUUUAUAGAAGCUUCCCUUAUUAAGAUUGCUAGCUUAACAAAAGUAGCAUUGGGAGAUGCAGGAAUGGAUAUACUCUCAGUAAAUCUUAAGGGCUCAGAAUUCAAUCCUAUGGUCCCAGGGAAGAAGGUGCGAGCAUGUUUUGGUUUUUGUGAUAUACGAAACUUUACAGAUGCCACAGAAUGUCUACAAGAAGAGGUGAUGAUGUUUGUUAAUAAGAUUGCAGACUUGAUACACAACAAAGUACUACUACAUCAUGGUUUUCCCAACAAAAAUAUUGGUGAUGCAUUUCUUAUAGUAUGGAAAAAGACAAUCUCAGAUGCAGCAAGUAAGCACUUUGUUCAAAACGGGACAUCUUUUGCUGACCGUGCACUUAGAUCAUUCCUGGACAUUAUCCAUGCAGUAGAGACAUCCCAAGCACUUAGAGAGUAUGCCAUGCAUCCCUCCAUACAAAAACGCAUGCCAGGCAAUCACAAACUCUAUCUAAUUUCCCAGCACCAUAAAUGA